UCUUUCUCUCUCAUUUUCAUGGUAGCUAAGCGGGGCUGACCCAGUUUUUCCAAUCACCAUCUCUCUGUAACUUGAAUGGUGUCAUAAAGUCUUAACAUCAUACGCGCAUUUGCCAAUUUGAAAAUUAUUAAAUUAUUCAGAAUGAACAGAAAGGGAAUGGGAAAGUCUUUUAGCUUUCAACUUCCUCAUUCUCCCUCUUUCCAUUUCUUUAUACUUCUUCAUUUCCUUUUUUCCACUUCUUUUUCUCUCAAUUAUUUAAUCAUUAAAUCAAAAUAAUCUCUGCCAUUCCUUAUUUUGAUUCUGCUUCUUUUCUUAAUUUCUCAUUCAUUCUGUAACGUUCCCUUCUUAUAUCAGAAUUUAAUUCAAUUACAUUCUUGAUUACAAAUUACAAUGAACUCCCUUUCUUUAAAUUUCUUCAUCAGAUCAUGGGGUGGUUAAUUGUGCAAUUAUGAUCCCCUAAUACCUUUUUCUUCCUCUCUCUCUUGUAAUAUCAUGCUGGUUUUGUCUUUGUUAAUGUUUUGUAGCAAACGGAUUCUGUUUAUUGCUGUUAUUCGAUUGAUUUUCCUGAAUAGAAAAUAAUAAGAAGCGGGUCGCUUUUGAUAUUGUUAUUCUGUUUUUGGGUUCUAAGGAAUAGUGGGUUUAAUUUAUAUUCAAGUGAAGUUGAGCAUUUUGCGUUUGUUCUUGGAGAAAUGAGGCUUCUUGUUCGUGUAAUAGAGGCAAGAAACUUGCCAGCAAUGGAUCUAAAUGGGUCAAGUGAUCCUUAUGUGAGAGUGCAGCUGGGAAAGCAGAAGUUCAAGACCAAAGUGGUAAAGAAGAACUUGAAUCCAAGUUGGGGAGAGGAAUUCAGUUUUCGGGUUGAGGACUUGAACGAGGAGCUUAUAAUCUGUGUGUUAGAUGAGGACAAGUACUUCAAUGAUGACACUGUUGGCCAGCUUAAGGUGCCAGUCUCGCUAAUUUUUGAUGCAGAUAAUAAGUCUCUAGGUACUGCUUGGUACGCUUUGCAACCCAGAAACAAAAAGUCCAAGAACAAGGACUGUGGUGAAAUUCUUUUAGGUAUACGUUUUUCUCAAAACAAUUCAUUUGUUGAUUUGAACAAUUGUGGUGAUCAUGCAUCACAGUUGAGGACGAUUGCAGAUGUAGCGACAGAAGCUCUUUCUAGGUCAUCUGGUGGGCCCUCAAACUCAUCCUCUUCAGGGAGAUUUGAGGAAGUUGCCCCCUCUAAAGAGAAGUCUGGUGCACAAAAAAAGUUUGCUGUUAGAAUUGUUCAAAUGUUUAAUAAAAAUUCAGAUACAGCAACACCUGCUGGUGAUGGAGGCUUUGACAAUUCAGGGCCACCUGAAAUUGCUGGACCUGAGGUUUGUGAUGAUGAGUUGGACGAUCCUUCCUGUCCUGAUGACUUUGUAGAAAUAAUGAGAGCAAUGGAAUCUAAUGAUACGGGAAAUGAAAUUCCAAGCAAUUUACCAGGAGGAGUCCUUGUAGAUCAAUUAUAUAUGAUUGUCCCCCAAGAUUUAAAUUCUCUACUUUUUUCUCCUGAUUCAAGUUUUCCAAGAUCAUUGGCAGAUCUCCAGGGGAAUACAGAACAGCAAUUUGGUCCUUGGAAAUUUGAGAACGGCAGUGAGAGCUUGAAAAGAGUGGUUACUUAUAUUAAGGCUGCAACCAAAUUAAUUAAGGCUGUGAAAGCCACUGAGGAACAAACAUAUGUAAAAGCUGAUGGAAAGGUUUUUGCUAUUUUAGUGAGUGUGAGCACUCCAGAUGUUAUGUAUGGGAGCACCUUUAAAACUGAAUUGCUUUACUGCAUUACUGCUGGCCCUGAGCUGCCUUUGGGAGAACAAACUUCACAUUUGGUAAUAUCCUGGAGAAUGAAUUUUUUGCAGAGCACCAUGAUGAAAGGAAUGAUAGAAAAUGGAGCCAAGCAAGGUCUAAAAGAAAGCUUUGAGCAGUUUGCAUCUAUAUUAUCUCAAAAUGCUAAGCCAAUUGAUUUGAAGGACACAGGAUCCACUAAGGAACAGGUUCUGGCUUCUUUGCAGGCAGAACCCCAGUCUGAUUGGAAAUUGGCUGUACAAUAUUUUGCUAACUUUACUGUAGUUUCCACAGUUUUUAUUGCAUUUUAUGUACUUGUCCACAUCUGGGUAUGCCCUUCCAGCCCAAUUCAAGGGCUAGAGUUUGAGGGACUUGACUUACCAGAUUCAAUUGGUGAACUCAUUGUAUGUGGUGUCCUGGUUCUUCAGUGUGAAAGGGUACUACAAUUACUUUCUCAUUUCAUGCAGGCCAGAGUACACAAGGGAAGUGAUCAUGGAGUCAAAGCACAAGGAGAUGGGUGGCUGCUUACUGUUGCCUUGCUUGAGGGAAGUAAUUUGGCAGCUGUUGAUUCAAGUGGCUUCUAUGAUCCGUAUGUGGUAUUCACCUGUAAUGGGAAAGCUAGAACCAGCUCAAUUAAGUUCCAGAAAUCUGAUCCUCUUUGGAAUGAAAUAUUUGAAUUUGAUGCAAUGGAUGAACCUCCUUCUGUUCUGGAUGUGGAAGUUUAUGAUUUUGAUGGGCCUUUUGAUGACGCAACAUCUUUGGGACAUGCUGAAAUAAAUUUUGUAAAAUCAAAUGUAUCCGAUCUUGCUGAUGUAUGGGUUCCUCUUCGAGGAAAGUUAGCACAAGCAUGUCAGUCUAAGCUGCACCUUAGAAUUUUCUUGAAUGAUACAAGAGGUAGUAAUGUUGUUCAAGAGUACUUGAAUAAGAUGGAGAAAGAGGUGGGGAAGAAGAUAAACUUGCGUUCUCCACAAACAAAUUCAGCCUUUCAAAAGCUCUUUGGGCUUCCUCCAGAGGAAUUUCUCAUCAAUGAUUUUACCUGUCACCUAAAGCGAAAAAUGCUCUUGCAGGGUCGUUUAUUUCUGUCAGCCAGAAUAAUUGGGUUCCAUUCUAAUUUGUUUGGGCAGAAGACUAAAUUUUUCUUCCUUUGGGAGGAUAUAGAAGAUAUCCAAGUUUAUCCUCCUACACUAUCAUCAAUGGGUAGUCCUACUAUUGUUGUGACUCUCCGGCUGGGCAGAGGUAUGGAUGCCAAACAUGGGGCAAAGACACAAGAUGAAGAGGGAAGGCUGAGAUUCCACUUCCAGUCUUUUGUGUCUUUCAAUGUAGCACAUAGGACAAUCAUGGCUUUAUGGAAGGCUAGAUCAUUGACUCCUGAACAAAAGGUGCAAAUAGUUGAAGAAGAAUCAGAAGCUAAAAUCCCCCAAAAUGAAGAAAGUGAGCCCUUCUUGGGUCUUGAGGAUGUUAACCUAUCUGAGGUUUAUUCUUCUGGUGUUUCUGCCCCAACCAAUUUCUUAAUGGAGCUGUUCAAUGGGGGUGAGUUGGAGCGAAAAGCGAUGGAGAAAGCUGGUUGUCUUAACUAUUCCUAUACCCCAUGGGAAUUGGAGAAGGAUGAUGUGUAUGAGAGGCAAAUAUAUUACAGAUUUGAUCAGCAAAUCUCCCGUUACAGAGGAGAGGUGACAAGUACACAGCAGAAGUACCCCCUAUCCGAUCGUAAAGGCUGGCUUGUGGAAGAGGUUAUGACUCUCCAUGGAGUUCCACUUGGUGACAAUUUUAAUCUUCACUUGAGAUACCAAAUUGAGGAUGUGCCUUCGAGACCCAAAGGAUGUCAUGUACACGUAUUCAUUGGAAUUGCAUGGCAGACAAGAACUAAGCAUCAGAAAAGGACUACAAAGAACAUCCUCUCAAAUUUGGAAGAUCGAAUGAAGGUGAUUUUCAGUGUUAUUGAGAGGGAAUUUUUGAACAGAUAGGAAUGUGCACUGCUGUAAUGUUGACACUCUGGACUUGAAGGAGCAGGUUGAUCAUCCAACUUCUGCUUUCUGCAACAAAAAUAUUGUGUCCAUUUUCUUCCUGCUCACGCGUUAGUAUGACAUUUCUUGAUUGUGCAUUCAUCCACAUGUUCCUUCAAGAAUUAUUUUGCAUAGCUAUUGUGGCUCUAGUUUAUUCUGAGAAAUCCUAAACUCAAAUGGGAAACAUGACCUGGUGAUUCUUUGACAUGGGACUUCAAAGUUCAACUCAAGGUUUGUUCACAGAACAUGCCAAAAUGAUUAAGCUCCUCGCUAACUGGCACUUUAGGUGGUAGCAGAAGAAUUACAGAUAUUAUUUCUUAAUGUACUGAAGCCAGAAUCCAGUUGGCUUAGAGAAAUUUUGCAAGUGUAUAGAAGAGAUCCAACAUAUUUUGUUGAUGAAAUAUGUUUAUAAAAUCGUAUAGAAGCAAUGCUUUAUUUUGUUAGCUCA